CAAGGCCAGGCGGCAAAAGAAAAGUCGAGAGGCAACCACACCACCGCGGCGAGGAAAACGAGAGGGGGGCCGCCGCCUUGUUGUCCCUUUCUUCAUCCACCUAUUCGCGAAUCCAUCUCCGUCUCCUCCCCUUUGGAAUCAAGAAAAAGAGGAAGGAAGCAGAAGAAGACGGUGUGGUAGCGAGAAGAAGAGGGAAGACCAACUCAGAGAGUAAUGGAUUUCGUCCUCUGCGAUGAGCUCCUCCAGGAGAUCCUCCAACGCCUCCCUCCAUCCUCUGCCCCAUCCGUCUCUCUCGUCUCCAAGCGCUGGCUCUCCCUCCUCCGCUCCUCUACUACCUCUAUCUCCAUCCGCAUCCCUUCUUCUCCCACCAAUUCCCCUUCUCCCUCCUCCCCUUCUUCUACUUCUUCUACUACUACACCUUCUCUCUCCUCCAUCCUCUCCUACUACCCUUACCUCUCUAAUCUAACCAUUCUUGGCGACACCAUCAUCGCCGAUGAUCAUCUAGAUCCUCAUGCUCCUGAACCCCUCUCUUCCUCCGAUACUCUCCUCCUCACAGUCGCCACCGCCGCUUGCUCCCGCCGCCUUGCCCAACUCCGCUUCUUCCCCACUGCCCCCGUCUCCCCCUCGGCCCUCCUCUCCUCUGCCUCUUCCUUCACUUUCCUCACCAGCCUCCAACUUACCUCCCUCCUCCCUCUCUCUUUCCGCUGGCUCGCCUCCUUCCCCUCUCUCAGAUCCCUCUCCCUCGUCCAAACACGCCACAAGCAGCCAUAUCACCGUCCUGCUGCUGCUGAUGAUGAUGAUGAUGAUGUAGAGGAUGGGGGUGACCGGAUUCAUGCGGCGCUGCCUCUGGAGACUCUGUCACUGUCCAGAAUCCGCGCGGCCGACCGCGGUCUGUCCUGGCUGUGGCGCCGCUGCGCCAACCUCCUCUGGCUGCAGCUGCGCGACUGCGAGGGAACCGGCGACGGCCCCUCCUCCUCCUCCUUCCCCCUCUGCCUCCGCGGCCUCCUCGGCCUCGAGCUCCGCACCUGCCGCACCAUCGCCGACUGGGUCCUCCGCCGAGCCGCCGAUCACUGCCAGUGCCUCUCCUCUCUCCUCCUCUACGAUGGUGGCAGCCGCGACGCGCUACGCCACUUCAUCGACCGCCGCGGGGCUGCCCUCCGCACCCUCGACCUCCGCCUUCCCCUCGACCUCCACAAUGACCACCUCUUCGCCAUUGCAGCUGACAACCAGCUCGGCUCUGGCCUUGCAGCCCUCCGCCUGCAGAGCUGCUGCCUUGUAACUGGAGAUGGUCUCCGCUCCAUCGCCCGGGCUCCGGCUGGUGCAGCCAUAGAGGAGCUGGCCCUGGUGAACUGCGAUGUUGUCGAAAGAGAGCCUGGGCUGCUCACCUUCCUUGGCCAGAGCAUGCGGCAGCUCCGGAGGCUGGAUUUGUCAUAUAAUGAGAUGUUGAUGGAUAAGGAGGUAGGUUCGAUGCUGGCGUCGUGCCAGAACCUGGUUGACAUCAGAAUAAGAGGUUGCAGGGCUCUGACGGGUGCUUCCGUUCUUUCCAUGCUUAAAUACUGCGCUCGACUGUUACAAGUCGUUGAUAUCACCCAGUGCCCGCGAAUUGGUAUUCAUGCCAUUGAGCUUCUUAUUCUGAAUGCCUGCCGGUUAAGUCAGAUUAUUGUGGAGGAAAGCAAGGUGUCGGAAGCUGCCAAGGCAUGGGUGUCCCGGAAAGCAAUCAAGAUUGAUUGAUAGAAAUUAUCAGCUACCAAUAACGAAAGGUACAUCAUCUAAGCCCAAUAAUGGCUGUAAUUUAUAUUUUUUCUAGUUAAAUAAGGGAUACCACCUGUUGUUCUUUCAGCUUUGUAGAUAGUCAUGUUACUCUCUUCACACUUGUAUCAUUGUUAAUUUAUGAUGUAAAGCACUUCCCCUGGUGUAUAACAAACAAUUAUAACUGCUGGGAGAUGGAUUGCUGUAUGUACUUGUAUCAAGCACAGGUGGGAAUAACAUUUGGUUUUUCCUCUUUAAGUUAUUGCCCAACUGGGUUUAGAUUAGAGAAACUAUUGUAUCUUGUUACUCUAUAUUAUAUCAAAAAAGAAGCAUGCCAUACUUCUUUGGAUUCA